UAGAAUACGUACUCUGUCUCUCUCUCUCUCUCAAGUCUCAAUAUAUAUACAGAGAUAAUACCGUACGUUCUAGACGACAUACAGAUGAUCAGAGCCAUGGCGGCAGAGGGCAACAAAAGCAGGGAGGCGCCUCCACUAACGCCGGCAGAGAAUGAGGCGUUCCUGCGCAUGCUCAGAGACGCCGGCCAAAGAUUGGGUAGCGCAGCUCCAGAGGUUGAGGUCCAGUUUGAUGGAGUCAGCGUGGGUGCCCAGGCGCACAAUUGCAAGGAAUUAGUAGAAUCAGCAUGCAUGUGUGCCGAGAGUAAUGACACAACAAAAAUUCUGAUGGGACUGAGCGGUGUCAUAAGGUCAACCAGGAUGACACUGGUUCUUGGAGCACCCGGAUCCGGAAAGUCAACAUUUUUAAGAGUAUUGGCUGGGAAGCUAGAUCCUUCUCUCAAGUUCGAAGGCAAGGUUACAUACAAAGUAGAGGCAAAGUCCUCUGCGCCUGAGCACCUGAGCGCAUAUGUUAGCCAGCAUGAUCUUCAUCACGCAGAGAUGACUGUGAGAGAGACGAUCAAUUUCUCCUCCAACAUGCUGGGAACCAGCAACGAAUUCGAAAUGCUCCGGGAGGUGGUGAGACAACAAAUGGGCACUGAUGAAGCAACUGCUGAGCUAUUUAGCAAGGCAACUGUGUUAGGAGAAGGAAGCAACCUUAAAACCAACUAUAUAAUCCAGAUUCUUGGCCUCUCCACUUGUGCUGACACCAUAAUAGGGGACGAGCUACAGAGAGGCGUUUCUGGAGGACAAAAAAAGAGAACCACAAUUGGUGAGAUGUUAGUUGGCCGUGCAAGGUGCUUCUUUAUGGAUGAUGUAUCAACAGGCCUUGACAGCUCCACCACAUAUGAGAUUAUGACAUUUCUCCGGCAAAUGGCACAUAUCAUGGGUCUUACAAUUGUUAUUUCACUGCUGCAGCCAUCUAUAGAAACAUUAGCGUUGUUUGAUGACAUAAUCCUCUUGUGUGAGGGACAAAUCAUCUACCAUGGUCCUCGACGCCAUGCUGUUGGCUUUUUCAGAACCAUUGGCUUUACAUGCCCCAGCAGGAAGAAUGUAGCUGAUUUCCUUCAAGAGGUGACCUUAAAAACGGAACAAAAGCAGUAUUGGACUGGUGAUAAGAGCCAAUAUAAAUACCAUUCCAUCGAAGACUUUAUAAAAUGCUUCAGAGCCUACAGUGUCCCUCAAAUUGUGGAAGACAAUCAGUGCACAGAGAAUGGUAGCAAACAAGCAGUUCGAGCAGGUGACAGUUUUAUAAUAUCGAAAUGGGAGAUUUUUAAAGUUUGUUUAUCAAGGGAAGUACUACUGUUAAAGAAAAAUUAUCCAGUGCAUAUCUUCAAGGUUAUACAAAUCAUGUUUCUCGCUUUUGUUGUUGGGACACUUUUCUUUCGGUCCGGAAUGAACCAAGAUACAGUUCUUGAUGGAGUGAAGUACUUGGGAGCUCUCUUUAUGGGUGUUGCUGUUAUAAAUUUCAACUGCACAAUCGAACUUGGAAUGGUCACAAAGAGACUCCCAAUAUUCUAUAAACAAAGGGAAUUACUAGAACUACCUGGGUGGGCUCUUGUUUGCUCAGUUUUUUUAACCAGCCUACCAGUGUCAUUGAUGGAGUCAGGUCUUUGGACCUUUUCAACAUAUUAUGCAAUUGGUUAUGCACCUUCUGCAAUCAGAUUAUUCCAGCAAUUACUGGCACUUCUGGCCACACAUCAAAUGUCACUGGGCCUUUAUCGUUUGGUAGCAACAGUAGGAAGAACACCAAUAGUAUCCAACUCACUAGGUGCUCAAGUUCUUGUUUUUUCAUUCAUAUUUGGAGGCUUCAUCAUAUCAAAAGAUAACCUCCAAUCAUGGUUGAGCUGGGGUUACUGGGCAUCCCCAUUCACUUAUGCUCUGAAUGCUGUGACUUUGAAUGAAUUUCUUGACAUGAGAUGGGCUAAGGUGUUCUACUUUAAGAAUUCCAAGACACUUGGAGAAGCUAUUCUGAUGCUUAGGGGUUUGCUCAAUGAAUGGCAAUGGUAUUGGACCUGUAUAGGAAUUUUAUUUGGAUUCACCCUGGUCUUCAACAUCCUAAGCGUACUUGCUUUACACUUCCUGAAAUCUCCACACAAACGUGAAGUAAAUAUCAAGUCACAAGACAGACAGAAUAAAGAGUACAACGAUCAGGCAGUUGUUAAUGUGAAUGCCUCCAUUGGUCAAAGCCUACCAUUCCAACCACUGACACUUGUGUUCAAAAAUAUUAACUACUCUGUGGAACUACCAAAAGGUAUGAGAAAACAUGGAGUUACUGAAUCAAGGCUCCAGCUACUGCGAGAUGUUAGCGGCUCUUUCAGACCAGGAGUUCUAACAGCAUUGAUGGGGAUUACUGGUGCGGGAAAAACAACAUUACUAGACGUUUUAGCUGGGCGAAAAACUGGAGGUUACAUUGAAGGAGUCAUCAGCAUAUGCGGUUACCCAAAUAAGUAUGAAACAGUCUCAAGAAUCACGGGCUAUUGCGAGCAGACUGAUAUACACUCACCUUAUCUAACAGUAUAUGAAUCACUUAAGUUCUCUGCGUCCCUUCGCCUACCUUCAGUUGUUAAAUCUCAUCAGAGAGAUAUGUACGUAGAAGAAGUUAUGGACCUAGUAGAGCUAACUGGCCUGAGGAAUGCGAUUGUGGGCAUUCCUGGGGCAACAGGCCUAUCAGCUGAACAAAGAAAAAGACUUACAAUAGCAGUGGAACUUGUUGCUAGUCCCUCCAUCAUGUUCUUGGAUGAGCCAACAACUGGUCUAGAUGCUCGUGCUGCAGCAAUUGUCAUGCGUACGGUGCGAAAGAUGGUGAACACUGGGCAUACUGUUGUCUGUACAAUUCAUCAGCCAAGCAUCCAGAUAUUUGAAUCUUUUGAUGAGCUGUUACUAAUGAAAAGUGGAGGACAGCUCAUUUACAGUGGUUCACUAGGUCCCCUGUCUAGAGAUUUGAUAAAAUAUUUUGAGGCUGUCCCUGGAGUUCCUAAAAUCAAAGAUGGUCAGAAUCCAGCUGCAUGGGUGCUAGACAUUAGCUCACAUGCCAUGCAAUACAUGAUUAACGUGGACUAUGCUGAAAUUUACUAUAACUCCAAUUUAUACAAGGAGAACAUGGCUAUGAUUAAUGAGUUGAGCAAACCGAAAACAAACCAUGAGGAUCUGCAUUUGCCUUCAAAAUAUUGGCCAGGCUUUAAGGAACAAUGCAUCGCUUGCAUCUGGAAGCAACAUUUGUCUUACAGAAAGAACUCAGAGCUCAAUGUGUUUCGCUUCAUCAACACAUUUGCAACCUCGAUCGUGUUUGGUAUUGUGUUCUGGCAAACUGGUUCAACAAUAAAGGUGGAGCAAGACGUGUUCAACAUACUGGGGAUUGGAUACGGGUCGGCACUGUUCCUAGGCUUCGUGAACUGCACUAGUUUACUGCCAGUGGUUGCUGCAGAGAGAGCCGUUUCCUACCGAGAAAUGAAUUCUGGCAUGUACUCUUCUAUGGCAUUCAUCAUAGCUCAGGUAGCUGCUGAAAUCCCUUACAUGGUUAUCCAGCCACUCAUUUUCUCAGCAAUUGUGUACCCAAUGGUUGGAUUCCAGCUGGCUGUGAAAAAGUUUUUCUUGUUUGUGCUAUACAUGAUCCUGAUUUUCAUGGACUACACUCUGUAUGGGAUGAUGGCAGUUGCACUGACACCUACUGCUGAGAUAGCUACUGGUCUGUCCCUCACCAUCUUUGUAGUGUGGAAUUUCUUCUCAGGAUUCAUUGUCACAGUAAAGGCAAUGCCGGUGUGGUGGAGGUGGAUGUACUGGGCCUGUCCUACAGCAUGGACCCUAUAUGGCCUUGUGUCCUCGCAACUUGGUGACCAUAAGGAACUAAUCCGCGUGCUGGGCCAGCCAGACCAGCCAGUGAUCACAUUCUUGCAGGAGUACCUUGGCCUGGAAAAUGGCUAUCUUCCCCUGGUCACAGCUCUGCACUUUGUUCUGAGCGCACUCUUCUGUUUUGUCUUCUGCGUGGGUAUCAAGUAUCUCAGGUUCCAGAAAAGAUAGAUAUGUUAGUGCGGAAGGAUGAACGAAGUAAGGUCUCAAGAAACUUUUGUUAAUAAGAUCAGUGCUUAAAAACGAUCAGUCGCACGGUCUGUGUGAACUCAGACAUUCACUAGUCCCUCCAUACAAAGAUGUAAGGUAUUUUAGUUUUGUUCUAAGUCAAUUUUUAUCAAAGUUAUUGUUGGUCACUUGUUUUCAAAUGUUGUGAAUCAAGAACGCAAUACAAUUAUUAAUUAUUAGAGACCUUCGUCUUCCGAAA